CAAUUCGCUUCGUUCGGCUGAAAGUAACCAACGGAACACUCGCCAACCCGAACCAGCUGUAAAUAAACGUAAACAUUAGUAGUUUUAAUGAACGUAAAUUAUUAUUCGUCAAAUUUUCGGUUGAAAUAGUGCACACCUAAUCGAUCCUGUUUAAUUCGAACCCGCUUUUAAAUAAUUUAGCAGUGAGAAAAUGGUGAUUCACUAAAAUCAAACUAGCACAGAAAACGUUCUCCCCUCGUGGGAGAGGGCAAACCAACCAUCACAACAAAGCGCACACGGGGAGAGCCGUACAGCAGCGGAUUCGGUUUCUACGUUGAUAGACUCUACUAGACUGAUUGAUAGUAAUGAUAACGCUAACUCGAAAAAAGAAGGAAUCCGGUGGCGCGAUGGUGGAUUCGUCAAAACGAAUUUCCAUCCGAGAGUUCCUGCUGGUGAAGGAAGUGCAGGAGCUGGAGCAAAACCUGCCAUGCACCUGCAAAAUCACCUUCCAGGACCCGAACGUGCUAAGCGAUUUCACACUGGUCAUAACGCCAAACGAGGGAUUUUGGCAGGGCGGACGAUUCAAGUUCAGUUUGCAUGUUCCCGAAGAAUACAACAUGGCUCCUCCGAAAGUGAAAUGCCUUACAAAACUGUGGCAUCCAAACAUUUCUGUCGAGGGAGAUAUUUGCCUUUCAUUGCUCCGGCUAAAUUCGAUAGAUGGACUGGGUUGGGCCCCAACGCGAAGGCUGAAAGACGUGAUUUGGGGAUUAAACUCAUUGUUUACGGACCUGCUCAAUUUCGACGAUCCGUUGAACAUCGAAGCAGCGGAACAGUACUCAAAGGAUAAGGACAAGUUUCAGGCAAAAGUACGGGAGUACGUCUCGGCGCACGCUCGUAGAUAAUAAGGUUCAGAAUGAGAGGAAAUAUAUCAACAAAACAAGUCAACAAGUUGCGGUAAGUAAGUAAAAGACGAGUGUGUGAUAAACUUCUUCAAACCGUUCCAAAUUGCUAUCACUCAGCCUGUUACCAAUGCUGAUGAUAGACUCGAGCGUUGACAGUGCAGAUGUCAGUAAAUUAGUUUGUAUAGUUAUCACUGCAAAGAAGCUUCAAUUUUCUAAUUUCGAUUCCAUGCAGAGCGUACUAUUUCACUGUGAAUAUUAUUUGGAAACUUGACUGACCGGGAAAUUCAAUGAGCUAGAAUAUAUAUUUUUUUUGGAAUCAAGAACCAUGUUUUCUGUAUGGCGCAUCAUAUUUUUUGACAGUAUAAACCGGAGGGCGGUUAUCGAAGUUGUUUAUUUGUAGUUUGUUACGACAUUUACCAUCGUCAAAACCAUACCAAGUCCCUUAAAGCAACAAAAACGGCAAACAUGUAUAACGUAUAAAUCUCGAACCCAUGUUCAUAGUUUUUAAAUGCAUGGAAAUGAUAUCAAAGAACCGGUUGAAAAUCGCAAAGGCAGUUGUAAAAAAGAACACGAAAGUCAGGAAAACGUUCAAUGUGUUUCCAAUUGUUCGUUUUCUUUUGUUGUAAUUAGCAUUCUUUAUACUCGUAACGAUCUAACUUAAAUGAAAACUGAUUAAUUGAUAACUAGUAAUAAAGAAAAUCAUUUCAAGUGAAACAACAUUA